GCGUCUCCGUCUUGACGUCGCCUGGCCAACCCGGAUGUUACGGCCGAUGACAGCUUGCGCUCCGCUUUGCGUUGUGUUUGCGCUCUGAAUCGCUUGAAUUCGAGUGCAGACGAGCGUUCCACGAGGCGACGUGGUCGCUUUGACUCGAGCGGACAAAUAAUCAACGCUCAUUGUUUUGGGCAGGCGUUUUGCCAGUGGGUGGGGCAGGACGUGGCCCGAGGCCGGCGCGUCAGGAUGAGUGGGGCGGCGCUGGCCGUGGAGAUGGUGGUGGUGUUCUUCCUGGCACUCUUCCUGCUGCAUCGCUACGGAGACUUCCGGAAGCAGCAGCGCAUGGUCCUGUUCGGGACGCUGCUGGCCUGGUACCUGUGCUUCCUCAUCGUUUUCAUCCUGCCGCUGGACGUCACCACGACGAUCUACAAGCAGUGCCAGACGGACCGUCGGGAUCACGCCGCCGGCAUGCCGCCGGCUAAUCAGACGUCAGGCAACACGUCUGUGGCGCCCGCUCAGAGUGCGCAAGUGGCGUGCUACGAGCCGUGGAGCUACAUCCCAGACGGCGUGAUGCCCGUCUUCUGGCGGGUGGUCUACUGGACGUCGCAGUGCCUCACCUGGUUGCUGCUGCCGUUCAUGCAGUCGUACGCUCGCUCGGGCGGGUUCUCCAUGGCCGGGAAGGUCCAGACGGCCCUCAUCGAGAACGCCAUCUACUACGGAAGCUACCUGCUCAUCUUCGGCUCGCUGCUCAUCUACGUGGCCGUCCACCCCGAGUGGCGCCUGUCCUGGUACGAGCUGCAGACCAUCGGCAUCACGGCGGCCAACACCUGGGGUUUGUUCCUGCUGGUUCUGCUGCUGGGCUAUGGGCUGGUGGAGAUCCCGCGUUCCUACUGGAACUCCUCCAGACACGGACAUAUGCUCCUCAAGACCUACUUCAAGGCCUCCAAGCUUAUGACGGAGAAGGCGGACGCCGAGGAGAACCUGGAGGACGUCAUGGAGGAGCUGAGAAAGGUGAGCGAGGCCGUCAAGUACAACCAUCCUCUGAGGACGAGCGUCGACACCAUCCUCCGGAAGUGCCCGACGGACUACCAGGACAAGUUGGGCCGCAACAUGGAUGACUACGAGGACUUUGAGGACAAGCAGACCUUCCCCAGCGAGAGGAGUCUGGUCAAGCUCCACAAACGGGUGAUCUACGCCGUUCAGCGACACCAUCGCACCCGUGUGCAGUGGCACAUGCUGCUGCAGGAAGCCUUCCAUUUGGAGGACGUGGCCAAGAACGAAAGCAGCCCCUCGCGACGCUUCGUCCGCAGCUUCGCCCCCGCCCGGCCCCCGGGCUGGUUCAGCAGAUACGUAUACACGCCCAGCGCAGAGUGGUACUGGGAGUGUCUGCUGAAGCGCGUCUUCUACCGUGUCCUGGCCGUGCUGCUGGGCCUGCUCAGCGGCGCCGUGGUCUGGUCCGAGUGCACCUUCUUCAGCACCAAACCCGUCCUGUCGCUCUUUGCCGUCUUCAUCCGGCUGGCCGAGCGCGACUACAACUACCUGUACAUCCAGGUGGCGUGCUUCAUCACCAUCUUCUUCCUGUGCACGUGCGUGUACUCCACCGUGUUCCGUAUCCGCGUGUUCAACUUCUACUACUUGGCGCCGCAUCAUCAGACGGACGCGUACAGCCUGCAGUUCAGCGGCAUGCUCUUCUGCCGGCUGACGCCGCCGCUGUGCCUCAACUUCUUGGGUCUCAUCCACAUGGACGCCGCCAUCUCCCACCAGCACAGAGAGCAGACGGCCUACACCUCGAUCAUGGGCUCCAUGCGCGUGCUUUCCUUCGUGGCCGACGGCUUCUACAUCUACUACCCCAUGCUCAUCGUCAUCUUGUGCAUCGCCACCUACUUCAGCCUGGGCACCCGCCUGCUCAACCUGCUCGGCUUCCAGCAGUUCAUGGGCGACAGCGAGCUGACGUCGGACCUGGUGGACGAGGGCAAGGAGCUGAUUCGCCGAGAGAAGCGAAAGCGCCAGAGGACGGAAGAUGGCGAGGCCAGACGACGUGAGUGGAAGGAGCGCUACGGCCACGCCAGGGAGGAAUUGAGCGCCAGGGGCAGGAACGGCCACGAAAUGAAGGAGAGCGGCUACUCGGACGACGCCGACAGCGGACCGGGCAAGUUAUGCCGUUCGGCCGGUCGAGCGGAGCGCGAUCGCAUGGAGCUUCUGCAGGACCAGGAACCUCUGGACUACAACGCUGACUCCUCGGUGGACGACGCGGCGGACGACCGCGGCGCGGGGAGAGCCACGGGUGGCCGAUACCUGUCCAUGUCGUCGUCUCGCAGUCGUAUUUUCGACGACGUCUGAGCCCCGAGACAGCGCCGGCGCCAGAGCCACGACUCGACUCGGACCUCCGUGGGCCGGGACCGCUGAGGGCGUUGUCCGCAUUGCCCUCCACGUCUUGGACACGCACUCGCCAACAGAUUAGAAGUUUCGAUGUGAGGGCGUGUCCCCUUCUCCUUUGUCCAUGUGCCACACAAGCUGUAGUUUGAGCUGAUAUUUCUAGCUAACGUUUGCAGGUGUCAUUUGUCCUUUGUGCUGUCGAACUUUAAUAAAGCUGGUCAAUCGA